AUGACCAGUCAAGCGUAUCAGCGGCAUCAUCGGGCCGUUUCCGCUACUGAUGAAAAUGCGACCCUCGAGGUGAAUUCAAGCAUUCGCAUGAAAAUAGGUGCCAAAUCGGAAUCCAGUGGUGUUAAAAAGGCAGAGCUAGACCUUCAAGCAAUGCACCCAAAUGUUUCAUCCAAGAGGUCAUCUGUUGAUCUGGAUGUGAAAGAUUUGGUCGCUUAUUUGCGACAACCGGAAGCAUUACACCAUAAGCAUAACUGGUCCUCUCCUAGAAUCCACUUUGAAAUCAAGACGCCAAGAUCGAGACCAAUGCGGCCACUUAAAUUUGCAUCGGUAGCUGAUGAUUCGAAGCUAUUCGUUCCAAUUUAUCUCAGAGACGUUAAGCUACUUUCUGAUGAUGAAAUACUGGAUUUUGGACCUCUUGCGAAAGAACUUCCCAAAAGUGUGGACUAUCCACCUAUUUUCCGCGAAUGCGAUCCCGAGAGAAGACUUGAAAAUGAUGACUACGAAGGAAUUUGUCUUGCCAUGCUUCAGGAUGAGAUCUCGAGAAUAGUUGACCGCAAAAGCCCUGGUUUCGAGAGAAAUCUGGAACUUAAGGAGAAGGAAGGUCAGCUGAAAGCGUUUGACCGGUUCUUGUACUAUGUUUUUGGAAUCGACAGAUCAGGUUACUUUUCCUUGCUGCAGGAACGCAACGAAUUCACAAACAGGCCUUGGGCCCGAUUUUUACAGGAAACUGAUUCAGCAGCCGCUGAAAACGAAUAA